AUGAAUAUUUCCAACCAAACUUUUCCUUACGAAAAUUACAUAGUUGUCUCUAAACGUAUUUCUCAUCUCGGCUUCUGCUCCACUUCAUUUUUCUGCACUAUUCUUAUUAUAAUAAUUGUGAAAUUUAGUAAUAAAAAUGUUGGAAGUUACAAAUAUCUAAUGAUUAUUUUUUCUGUUCUGGGAACAUUGUUUUCAAUAGUUGAAGGGAUACUUUGUCCGAAUGAGCAUUCGUACACUGCGAGUUGGCUAUUGUUCAUUACAGAACGACCGUUUGGGCUCAGCCCAGACUCACUAACACUAUUCCUCGUACUUUACGCAGUAUUAUACGCAGCAACAAUUUGCAUGCUAUCAGUACAGUUUGUGUAUAGAUACUGUGCAAUAUUCCAUCAAUUUGGGUUAAAGUAUUUCGAAGGAUGGAGAAUGUUGUCAAUAGCUGUAUAUUGUUCCGGUUGUGGGAUAUUAUGGGGAGGAUCGAUGUACCUUUUUUCUCAAGUUGAUGAUUACGCUAAGGCUUAUCUCAGAGGCGAAAUGAGUAUAAAAUAUGGAAUCAACAUUGACAAUCUGGUUGCAUUCACAUUAGUUGCCUACGACAAGGAUGGUCAUUUUAGAUGGUGGAAUUCUAUUGCAAAUUUCAUCUUAUGCAUUAUCAUGUUUGCUCAGUAUGCAAUUAUGAUGUUUUGUGCAGUAGUUAUGUAUCGGAAAAUGGAGGAGAACAUGAAAAUGAUGUCUGAAUCACUACGCAGAGUCCACCGGCAGUUCUUCCGGACGCUUGUCAUUCAAAUCAUCGCUCCAUCCAUAUUCCUAUUUUCCCCGCUAACUUUUAUACUAUACCAUCCGUUUUUGAAUUAUGCAAUCAGUUUUCCAUCCGGCAUGUUUUUGUGUGCAAUUUCUUUAUUUCCAGCCAUAGAUGCAAUUGUUAUCUUGACUAUUGUGAGAGAAUAUCGAAAUGCCGUGAAAAAAAUCUUCCGGUAUGCGUGUUGUCGAAGGAAGCAAAAUGAAGUAAAAACAUCAAUCACAUAUGCUUCUACAACUCUAACAACUUCUACUGCUCAAUAACAUUAGUGUUGUUUAUCUUUUCAGAACGAUUUAUUACUGCAUAAAAACUACCACUUUUCAAAA